AUGCAGGAGGUGCAGCAGCAUGUGCCGGGGCGGGAAACGACUAGGAGCAAUCUGGAAGGGUGGAAGGGGCUUCUGUUCAACGGGUUGGCGUCGCCCGAGACUUCCCCGAGAAGGAAAGGCGCUCCCCGCAAUUUCUCGUCGCAGGAGGCGGCUUGCGAUCAUCCUCCACUCGUUCGUCCAUUCCUGUUCGUCCAACCGCGCCCCAGCGGCCACCUGUUUUGCAUCACGCACACACUAACUGCUCGACAGUCAGCUCCAGCACGUCGCCGGGAGCGGUCAGCUCCCACCAGACAAAGGAGCAGAGUACGUGGAAAGUAG